UUCACAAUUCUUUGAAGAUGAAGAAGUCUUUUUUGUUGACAUAAACCUGAAAGGCUUGGAGGUCAUUUUUCUCAGAAACAUUGAUAUUGUUUGGUUCUACCGUUUUCGCUAAUGGAGUGUCGUGAUGGUCUGCGCAGCAAUAAGCCCCUUUUUGCCAUCAGAAAGAGCUUGAAGGUGGAGAACGCCGGCGAGCUUCCCCUGACAGUCAUGUCAAUGAAUAUAAAUGGUUACAAGUGUCAGGGAUUUGGCUUCGAGGUGCUGCAGUGUCAUUCCUUCAGCCUCGAUCACAACAGCUCCUCUGAGCUCACCAUAGCGUUUACCCCAGACUUCACCUCAUCCUGGGUCAUUCGGGACCUCACCCUUGUGACAUCACGUGGCACUUCUUUCCCUUUUACCCUCAACGUGACGCUUCCCCAUCACAUGUUGCCCCUCUGUGCCCAGGUGGUACCCGGCCCCAGCUGGGAGGAAACUUUCUGGGUGGUCACGCUCAUCUUCACGUGUUUCUCCUUGUUUGGUGUGUGCCUGAUGGCCUUUUAUCAAGCACAGUUUAUCUUGAAUGAGUUCUCUGCACCGAGCAGCAGGAGCAACCACAACUCUGUCUUGUCCCGGGAAAAUGGCUCAGUCAAUAAUAUCACACCCAAUGGAGUACAUAAAACAAAAGGCAGUUGUAAGACCUAUGUGGACACCUGCCACACAUCCGACAAAGGGAAAGGCCGCGGGUCUCCAGCCUUAGCCAACAGCCCCGCCCCUCGACCUCAGUCCUCAAAGAAAGGCUCCUCAACCACACCCACCCAACAACAGAAGAAAUGCAAGGUUUCACUCUAUUACUCCAAAUAUAAACCCAGCUCAUCCACAGCAUCAGCUGGUGCUGUGACAGUGGAUGAAGAGCUGGAAGACCUGAGACCAGAUCCUCCCCUCACUCCCGACACUGACGUCUGCAACAACAACAAUGAACCAGCUUUCAUCAAUGAGAUGGAGAAGAUGACAGCCCCAGACUUUAAAGAAGUCGUGGAAGAUACAAUGCCAGCAGCGGUUAUGUUUCCCAUGGAAAUACCUGCUGGUUUCCCAGAUAAUGUCACACUGGGUCCAGGACCCAGACCGGGCCUGUUAGUGUGCAGUCCCAUAGAAAAGAGCUGCACUGAGCACUAUGCAGAGAAGAUGGAAUCUGAGAAAAGGGACAGUUCUGAGGUAGAGCUGAGAGACGACUGCAAAGGACAGAAAAAGAAAGCACAGAGCACAGAGUCUGGCACUGCAGCAGGGAAUAAUAAGGGAAAGAGGAGCCGCAGGAAGACUGAAAAUGUCUCCAGCGCUCCCGAGCACAACAUGCAAGUAACACCAGAGAGGGAGAAGGAACCUGAUUGGAAAACUGUGGACUUUGUCAGUGGAACCCGCAGCAGGAACCGCUCCACCAACAGCUUCAAGACAGAAGCACUGAAGCCUGUGCAGACUGCUGAGAGCCCACUCAAACAGAACGGUGUGUGUUCUGCUCGCACUCGGAAGAAGUGUACUCCAGAGUGGCGCGUGGGCAGCGUGUGCGAAUCAGGCUCCGACUCAGGCAGCUCAUCGGGCAGCGUGAGGGCCAGCAGAGGGAGCUGGGGCAGCUGUAGCAGCACCAGCAGCAUGGAGGGAGACAAGGACGCCAGUGCCCGGACACACCGCUCCACUACCUCAUCUAGAAAAAGGGACUCCAUGCAGUACAGUGUGUACCCAAAAGAGGUUGACAGCUACCAGCCCAUUAAUGCCAACUAUAAGACUAAAAGCAUGAACACCCUGUACCAUAAAGACCAAUGCCAAAGCCAAGAGUCCACCAGGCCCAGCUUCACCUCAAGCUUUGCUGCUGCUGUUGCUGCAGGAAUGGACCAGAACACGGAUGUGACAGGUCAGUAUCUGCCUGAAGAUACAUGGUCAGCUCCACCCAUCCCCCUCACCAGUGAGUUUAGAUACAACGCCACCGAAGCAAUGCGCUAUAUACCACCAACCACCGCGUCAUACCGCGGGUUACGUUGGAAUAGUGCCAGCAGCCACUGUAACAGUUCCUAUAACUACCCUCCGGAAAACGGCUACAUAGGUAAUGGAACUUUUACAAGUGGUUUUCACAGUCAUGAGGGCCAGAACAUGCACAGCAAUCAGACCAUCUGGAGUGACGAGCAGCCUCAGGAAUCGCCCUCAACCUGGGACACAGCAGCCUGUGUGGGCAGCAAGCCAUUCUUCUCGGGUACCCGCAGUCUCUCCCCCAUGUCCAGCCUGUUUGGAUCCAUCUGGACACCCUAGAGCGAGCCCUACCCGAGCCACUUCCAACCCGAGCGAUCGGUCCCGGUGUCCCCCAUCACCCCGCCUCACUCCCCCUUUAAUCGGGAGCCAGUGGGGGCCUGCGGACCGCUGCAGUACUCCAGCUUCAACCCUUUCGGACCGCACAUGAACUUGGACAUAUGGAACUCUUCAUCCAACCGCAGCUCCAACUCACAGCUCUCCAACGACUCCGGCUACUGUGGAGAUGUUUAAAACAAGUAAAUACAGCAGAGCUUAACUAUAAUUGGAAACUUAUAAGUCAAGAAAAGGAAAU